AAAAAAAAAACGAAAAACAAGAGGAACGGUUCUAGAAACUGUUGUUAAGUUUACCGUCACAUUACAAACAAAAAUAUUGUCCGGUUUGGAUAGAUUAUGCUAUAAAGGUUGUGUUUCGCAAUAAAGACUGCCUUUGAAGGUCGUUAUCUCUGUGUCUGGUGGUGUAUGUUGUUGUGACCCCCCAGUGUAAGUGUGUUAGUGUGAUGGACAUUCUUAGUCUCUCUCGCAUUGAUGAGGAGCUGGACUCUUUUGAGGUGGCUGCCCUUUGCUUCCUGUGCCAAGAUGUACUCAAUAGGAAACGGCUGGAGAGCGUGCGGGAGGGACGAGAAUUAUUCCUGAGGCUAAGAGAAAAAGAUUUGUUAAAGAACAGCCAUUUUUUGUCCCAACUUCUCAUUACCAUUCAUCGAGAGGAUCUACUCAGCUACCUAGAGACUGACAGUAGGCAACCAGAGCAAGAGUCUAAUCCACAAACAGAUGCAAGUCCUGCACUCUCCCAAUACAGGAUGCUGUUAUAUCAAGUCUCUGAAGAUGUAACCCAGGAGAACCUAAAUAAGAUGAAGUUUCUACUAAGCAACAAACUAGCAAAGGGGCGACUUGAUCUUUGCACAACGGCUUUGGGUGUGCUGGCUGAGAUGGAGAGGCAGAAUUGUCUGUCAGAGCAGACACUGGAAGUAUUAGAGGAAACAUUGAUGGAAUGUGAUGCACAGCUGGCCAUGAAAAUAAAGCAAUACAGAACAGGGGGCUUUUUGUCACGGGAGACUGUUCCACACAUAAAUCAGCGAGGAAACAACCCUCAGACACCAGUGAGACCAUCUGUGACUGUGACACAGCCCAGCUGUGAGGAUGGAGAGCGCCUGUUCACAGAUUCAGAUCCGGUGUUCCCCUCUGAUUCGAUUGGAUAUUAUCCCAUGACCCACAAUCCUCGGGGGUGGUGUCUCAUCAUCAACAAUGAGCACUUCGAGACUGAUGAGUUAACCAACCGUCCAGGGACAGAGAAGGAUAAGAGUGCUAUUGAAAGCGUUUUCUCCCGGUUGGGGUUCAAAGUAAAGGUGUUUGAUAAUCUGACAGCAGCUAAAAUGUUGAAGGUGGUUGAAGAUCUGGGAAAAAUGAAUCAUUUUGAUGCAGAUGCACUGGUGGUGUGUGUUCUGUCCCACGGAGAGAUAGGGUGUGUGUUUGGUGUUGAUGGGGGAAAGGUGACCGUGCGUUCCCUCACCUUUCCCUUCACCAGCGGGGAGUGCCGCUCCCUAGCAGGAAAACCCAAACUGUUUUUCAUCCAGGCCUGCCAGGGGUCAGGGUACCAGCGCGGAAUGUCGCCAGCCGUGUCCCCAGAACAGACUGAGGGUCGGGGGACGUUUGAGUCAGACGCAGGCCCUGUCCAGUCCAUUCCCUCAGACGCAGACUUCCUGAUUGGCAUGGCAACAGUUGAGGAGUGCAAGUCAUUCCGUAACACUAAAGAAGGUUCCAUCUACAUCCAGGAGCUCUGCAGACAACUGGAGAGGGCAGGAACCAGCAGGGAGAAUAUCCUGACAGUGCUGACUUGUGUGAACAGUGAAGUCAGCAAGGGAGAGUACUUAUACCAUAAGCAGAUGCCUGAGCCCAAGUACACCCUUACCAAGAAACUUGUACUGCCCUUCAUCUGAACUAAAUCAUUAUCCAGUGGGCCGAUACACUGCAGAACAACUGGAUCAUCCAAUAAUGGACUCUCAUUUGAUUGUUCACAACAUCAUU